GGAUGAAUGAAGUCAACGUCGGCCACUUCAUCUCGCUCAUAAAAUACAAUCCAUUUCUUUUUGAAUCUCUAAUCCUCUAUUACCCCCAACAAUGGCUGUCGCUGUGGUUGAAUUCCUGCCUAGGGAAUAUGGCUAUGUGGUCCUUGUUCUUGUUCUCUACUGCUUUCUCAACUUCUGGAUGGCUGCGCAGGUUGGGAAAGCCCGCAAAAAGUAUAAGGUUUCUUACCCAACCCUCUACGCAUCCGAAUCUGAAAACAAAGAUGCGAAGCUAUUCAACUGUGUUCAGAGAGGGCACCAGAACUCUCUGGAGAUGAUGCCGAUGUUCUUCAUACUGAUGAUAUUGGGAGGUAUGAGGCAUCCUUGUGUCUCUGCUGGAUUCGGAUUGCUCUAUAUCGUCGGCCGUUAUUUCUACUUCACCGGCUAUGCUACCGGCGACCCUCAAAACCGUCUCAAGAUUGGGAAAUUCGGAUUCCUGGCACUAUUGGCGCUAAUGAUCUGCACAAUUUCAUUUGGCAUCAAUCUUCUUCAAGGAUAAUCCCGCGUUGUCUGAAGAAUCUAGUUUGGUCUUUGCCCUUUUAUCCUCCCUGUCGUAGUCGUAGUCUUUACUUUUGCAUAAAAGUCUUUCACGUGGAGAAAUGCAACUAUGUGCCAGUCUUUCACAACUGUCUAUCAUGUUGGACUUCAAACUUUGAUUUGUGUGGCUCUUUUGUAAGGAAUGUUUGAAUUUUUGAAUGGAAGACCGAGAAUAAUUAAGAAUUAUGGCUCAAGUUCCAAAUGAGUCAAGAUAAUAAUUUGUUAUCCCUGUAGAGGGGCUAGGAUUUGAAAUUGUUGCUGCUUUAUAGAUUUUCAAAUCCUCCAACUAAACUCGAGGUGGUAAU